AUGAGUGCAGCUCUCAGUGUUGAGAAGGCCAGAACAAAGAGCUUUCCAAACUCAUUGGAAACAGCUGAAAGUACCGGGACCGGCGCAGUUCUGGUUAACACUCACGAGGAUCCAAAGCUUGAAGUAGACCCGCUUAGUGAGCUCACAGUAUCUAGCGAAGACCAUGUGCACUAUCAGACCUUAAACUGGUGGCAAUGUGGCGUCCUUAUGAUAGCAGAAUGCAUAUCUCUAGGUAUACUGUCGCUACCUCGCGCGCUCGCCGUCCUUGGCUUGAUCCCGGGGCUUAUCCUUAUUGUUGUCCUUGGGAUUAUUGCAGGCUACACCGGUUACAUCAUAGGCCAGUUUAAGUUGAAGCACCCGUCAUGUACGAGCAUGGCUGAGGCCGGCGUGAUAUCCAGCGGACGCGUCUUGGGAGAGCUAAUUGGUCUUGGCCAACUGUUUGUCUUGAUCUUCAUCAUGGCGGCGCAUAUCACAUCCUUCGCCGUCAUGAUGAAUGUUCUGACGAAACAUGCGACCUGCACUCUGGUGUUCUCCCUCACCGGUCUGGCCGUCUCUGUUUUGCUAACCCUUCCACGGACUUUGAGAAACAUCUCAUACUUCUCAAUCGCAUCGUGCGUGUCAAUAUUUGCCGCCGUGUUCAUUGUCAUCGUAGGCGUCGGGGUCACAAAACCCGACCCGAAUCGAAUGCAGCUAGUCGGAAAAACAAACUUUGUCCACGGUAUGUGCGCGACUCUGAAUAUCAUCCUCGCAUACGCCGGCCAUGUGACCUACUUCGGAUUCGCGAGCGAGCUUAAGAAUCCAAAAGACUACAACAAGUCUCUCGUCAUGCUACAGAGUACAGCAGUGAUAGUCUACACCGUCUGCGCUGUUAUCAUAUAUUACUUCUGCGGGCCUUAUGUGCCGGCCCCGGCAUUGAGUGCUGCAAGUCCAGAGGUGAGGAUAGCGGCCUAUGCGGUAGCUUGCCCAACGAUUGUGAUCGCCGGAGUUGUCAAUGGAUCAGUUGGCGCGAAACAGAUCUAUCUGCGCUUCUGGCAGCUUAGGAAGCAACCCCAAGUUAUACAAGAAAAGAGCAAGCGAGCUUACUUUUCAUGGUUCGUCACUGUGAUAAGCAUCUGGGUGGUCGCAUGGCUUAUCGCGUCAUCCAUACCCAAAUUCGAGUACGUGUUAGCUCUUGUGGCUGCACUUUUCAGCGGCUGGUACAGCUUCGGCCUUACAAGCUGGUUCUGGCGGUCACUUAACAAGGGAAAACUGCUCGCUAGUGGUCGGAAUAUCUUGCUUUCCGUCCUGAAUACGAUCAUUUUCAUCAUGGGUACUCUUAUCUGCGUUCUUGGCAUAUAUGCGUGCUCGGUCGCGAUGCGCAAUGGCGACACUGGAAGGCCGUUCAGCUGCGCAAAUAACGAUCCCUUGGCCGGCAAAUGA